AUGUGCUCAGCUCGAGACCGGUUUCGGUUAGAUGCAGCAAAACCGGAAUACCAAAGAGAGAAGUACGGCAGGGACGUUGAAUGGGACGACGUGUUUGUCUCGGAGAUAAGAAGAGGUCUCAAUGCGUGUAAAAUCAUGGCAUGCUUCGUACCAUACCACUUAUGCAAUAACCAAAGCGUCAACAACCUCAUCACUCAAGCCGGGCAGAUGCGUCUCAGCGGAGUACCAAACGACGCAAUCAAAGCACUCAACCCCAUUGCAUGUGUAAUUCUCGGGCCCGUGAUCCAAAAGUUCCUCUAUCCUUCACUGCGCAAGCUCGGAAUUCCCUUUGGUCCCAUUGCACGCAUGACAUGGGCAUUUAUCACAAUGAGUGCAUCGAUGGCCUUGGCCGCCGGCAUACAAAAGCUAAUAUAUACACGAGGACCCUGCUAUGAUCAACCGCUUGUUUGCCCGGAUUCUGACCGCGGCAGUAUACCCAAUAACGUGAGUGUAUGGGUGCAGUCACCUAUUUUCUUCCCGUUGGGGUGUGCUGAGAUUUUGGGGUUUACGACUCUGUCUGAAUACGCCUAUGCCGAAGCACCGGAGAACAUGCGCACCUUGGUGCAGGCAUUGGGACAGACAGCCGCUGGUGUCGGGUCUGCGUUGGGCAUGGCUGUUUCUCCACUGUCAGAUAAUCCGCAGGUUUUGUAUCUUUAUUCCGGGCUGGCAGCGGUGAUGAUUCUGGUUGCCUCGACUUUCUGGUUGGUGUUCAGGAAACACGACAGGAACUAUUAUUGA